AUGUCGGAGCUCUUCUUCGUCGGCGACAGCAUACGACAUGGCGAGACCAUAGACGGCAGGGUCCUCCUAUCAGGAAAGCUCAAUACCGAGGAGCGACGGGGAAAGAUAGCCACUCGAUUUGGCUAUGCAGCCAGUGCCGAUGGCAACGAGAUUGUCUUUCCUACGCUCGAAUCCUGGCGCAGAUUGAGUGAUGACUUGGCCGACAAUGUUGUACGCUAUCUCCAGCUCAGACCAGGGAGAGACGGCCUCAAGAUCAUCGAGGAAUAUCUGUCCAAUACCCCGAUCGAGCAACGACAUCCCGACGUGACUGCAUUCUGGGCUGCAGUGGCGAGAGAGCCACCGCAGGACAUCAGUGCACUUCCCGAGCAUCAAAAGCAUAUAGACGCAGAUUAUAGACCUUCUCUCGACGCUUCACGCCAACCCGAGCCAACAUUAUCAGCCGGGCAAGCUGUCUUUUGGCGCUACUCGGCGCCCCUCUUUUCGAGCUUCCUCCACUUCAGCCUAGCCGCAGGCUUCUCAUCAGAUAGACUCGUCGGCGUACUACAGCAGACUGGCUAUCUCACCCAUCACAACCGUGACGCUUGCUUUCGUCGAUUGCUAGAGACGACGCAAUUCAUACUCGACGCGAUGCUCGACAUGCGUCCCGCAAGCUCAGACGGCACUUUUCCUGGUGGACAAGGCUGGCGAAGCUCUGUCAAGGUGCGCUUGCUCCAUGCGCAGGUACGCGUCAAGAUUCUCAGCGGACUAGGCAAAGCCACGACAUACGAUCGCGAGGCGGACGGGAUCCCCAUCAACCAAGAGGAUCUCUGCGCCACGCUCGGCAGCUUUGCAAUAGCUCCUCUAUGGGUCUGCCGCAAACAUGGCAUGUCCCUCACACCAGCAGAGGAGCUCGCCUAUUUGGCUGCUUGGCGACACAUCGGUUUCUAUCUCGGCAUCGAUCAGGAUAAGCUAUCCAGACAUUUCUCCUCGCUUAAUUCGGCCGAGAAGGCUUUCGCGUCAAUGUCUUUCCAUCUCUUCACCGAGCCCGCCGCUUCGCGCUCGCUCGAGACCAACAGCACCUACAAGAUCCUCUCGGCAGUAUCUAAUCGUGCGCCAGAUUACAAGCCUGUCGAGUAUAAUUGUGAGAUCUCGCGCACACAGAUAGGACACGAACUAGCAGACACGCUUGGUCUGCCUCGAGGGGAUUGGAAGUGUAAGCUCGCUGCCAGGUACGACCGCUUCUCGAUGCGCAUCUUCAUCCAAUUCGGUCGCUACUGGAGACCUGGCUGGGAUGCAGAGCGCGUCUCGCUCUUCAGGCUUGUCAUUCAGUGUAUCGUCGCAUGGCAGCUUGGCUCUCGUCGUACCCAUUUUGCGAUGCGCGAUCCGUCCAAUUACGAGAAGGAACUUACAGAUACCGAUGGCUCAGAGCCGACUGAAGUCGUCUUGGGCGCGGAAGCUGGCCGCAGCAUCAAAUCGCGCUUCAAGUGGCUGGUAGCAGAGAUGGCAGGCGUAUUUGUAGGCAUCGGCCUCCUCGGAGGCUUCACGUGUUAUCGACUCUACACUUUUGCAACAUUGUAA